UCAGUCACGCCACGUGGAUCCGACGUGUUUGGUGUUACGCGUUCAACUUCACUUGCUCACUCAACAAUGAUAUUUGUCACUCUACUGUCUCUCUCCGUCUUGGUCAUCUCUACAACACCAGGGGCGUUCUGUACGUUUCAUCUGAACGGAAUCCAGACAAUUCGGAGCAUGGCCGUCGCCAUCGAGAGAGCAAUCGACAAGAAAGCUGAUUCUAAGCUUUCUUCGGACAGAGACGUACAGGAGAUACUUCGAUUUAGGCGCUCUGAUGACUACAGUCCGUACACAAGCAAUCCGUACGAUGCUGGUCCCAUUGACAUGUGCAGCUAUCCAGAGCUAGACGUUUGUAACUUUCCCGCUGGAUACACUGUUCCAGAGUACUCGGCUCGGGCCGUCUCUAGCUACAACGAUCUCUUGAACACUCUGAACAAAGCCAUUCGCAAGGUUGACAGCUCUGCUUGUGCGAAGUCUUUGCUAGGCUUUCUGUGUGAUCACUUCAUGCCUCGGUGCAUCUCAAAUACAACAGUCAGGUUCAAAGGAAACUUUAUGGAGGAUUGUAACAAUGCUGUUCAAAAGUGUUUGGUACUGAGACAAACAGGUUCGACGUUUUGCAAGACUGAAAGUAAUGUAGUCGUGGACGGAGGAGAGUUCUCACUAACAAAGUGUCGCGUUCCGAAUGUCGACGGUUGUAGCAAUUCUCGUCCGUCUCCCGACUGGAUUGUCGCACAGUUUGAAUAUAUAACUUCCAAGUCGUCGCUCAGUUCUAGUGCCGAUGAGUUAAGUCUCUACGGCACGUGCAGGAGCAAUUAUAUACGUCUGGGCUGCACACAACCGACGUGCGAGUCCAACAAUCGUCUACGUGGUUACAAGAGCUCCACCGAAUGCAAAGACUUUUUGAAUUGCAUUAGCGAUCCAGAUGUAAGACAAGCUCUCGAUAGUGGUCUUCUUUGUGAUGCUGUGGGUCAUUUAAGCCAGCCAAGCACAUGCUCUGGAAAGAGUCAAUCUUGUACUCAUAGUAAAGGUUGCGGGACAACUUGCUACAUCGCAAUCGGUGCUGGAUGUGGUGGAGCUCUGCUGUUAGUGAUAAUCAUUGUGGCGGUAGUUAUCUCAAAGAAGAAGAGAGCAAGCGGCGGAGAUGAUUACCGUCGCGUGGACAACAAAAUCUAGACCAUGGCGUUGUCAAAGCGAUGAACAACUGUGCUUUUGCUGUAGUCAGUGUUUGCUGUUGCAUGUUUCCCGCUGAUAAGUCGUUUUGCAAAGACGACUUGAAAAACGCAUAGCUGAUGAGAUUGUGAGGACAAUUCAUCUAGGCAAUUGGAACCUACAGUAAUGAGAGUCAGUAUAUAUAUGCAGAUUACUCUGAAUCUUGAAUAUCCGCAAUUUGCUAUAAGUAAAUCAGUAAAAAAAGAUGCAUCGAGACGACU